AGUCCCGUAUGCGCUCGCGGCCGAGAUGGCGUUUCCAAUCGUUCUUGUGGCCUUCGCCGCACUCGCGGCCUUAUACCUAUAUCGGCUUUACCACAAAGCUACCAACGGUAUAUGCACAUCCCUAAAAACUUUAGAAGGAAAAACGGCGAUUGUCACCGGAGGAACCACUGGCAUGGGACUUGAAAUAGCUAAAGAUUUAACAAGAAGAGGAGCCAGGGUUAUCAUCGCCUGCCCGUUUGAGGAAGAAGGUUUGAACGCCCAAAAGAUAAUAGAAGAAAGAACUGGCGUGAGACCAGUUUUUAAACUUCUUGAUCUAGGCUCUUUAGAGUCGGUAAGAGAAUUCGCGGGAGAUAUCCUUAAGAAUGAAGAUAGUUUGCAUUUGUUGAUAAACAACGCUGGUGUCGGAGUGCCUAAGAAUUUCAAAACAAAAGACGGUAUCAACUUUAUAAUGCAAGUAAAUUAUUACGGGCAUUUUUUGCUGACAAUACUUCUGCUGCCGCUUUUGAAAAAGACUGGAACAGCUGUUGAGCCAGCUAGAGUCGUCAAUACAUCUUCUAUGUUACAUAAUUUGGGGAGGGUCGACCUGAAUGGUAAGUCAGGUAUCAAUUGGCUGCCGUUCUUCAGUUACUGUAACAGCAAGUUUAGCAUGAUACCCUUCUCUAGAGAGCUGACGAGGAGACUAAAAGGCGCUCAUGUAGUGAUUAACAGCGUUGACCCAGGAGCAGUGGGCACAGGGAUUUACUAUAGCGGCGGCUUGCUCUUUGGCGCAGUUUUAAGAUACUGGACUAUCUUCUUUAAUAAGACGCCCAGAGAAGGAGCUCAAACGGCGUUGCACGUCGCUUUAGAUAUUAGAGCGGGACAGAUAAGUGGGGAGUUCUUCAAGGAUUGCAAGCAGGCUCGAGCCAUACCAACGGCUUAUGGAUACAAUAAUGCUAAGAUACUUUGGGAGGAGUCAGUGAGGCUGGUGAAAUUGACUGACGAGGAACUGGAGAAAUGUCUUAAUUAAAACUCAAUAAAUCAA